CUUCGUCGUCCUGUCGAAGCAGCAUUAGCCGAAGGUCACCGAACGAUCUUGACCGGCCACUGCAGCGAUGGCCGCGCUCCUCGACGACGACAGCGACCAGCUCUCGGCCUUCCUCGCCUCGACGACCGACUUUGGUGAUGGUGCCAAGCGAGCCAAGGGCGGCUACCAGCGGCCAAAGGAAGAGCUCGAGUACCUCCGUCGCAAGCACGAUGUGCUCACGCAGCAGCUCCACGCGCUCCACGCGCAGCAGGCGCUCGUGCCCGUGAGCUCGCGCUGGGCAGUGCGCGCGAUCGAGCAGACGCAGCUGGCGCAGCGAUCGUUUCUCGAGAACAAGCGGCUCAAGGAGAUGGUCGAAGGCCAGUUGCAGAUGAUAUCGUCGCUGCAAAAGAUGCUGCUCAAGCACCCAUCGCUCUCGACGUUCCGGCCCUCGACAGGCCUCAGCAUCUUGGGCAUUGCCCACCGGCGGGAAGAGGUCGAUGCGCUCAUGGCGUACCACCUUGAGCGGCUCGAGUCCGAGUGGAUUCGCCACCGCCUGUACGAAGCGCUCGACGACGAGUCGCCGCUCAACCAGCUCACGGUCCUCGAGCCAAGUUCGACGUCGCCCGAGAUUCGUCUGAGCUACGUCGGGUCGCAGUGCAUGCCAUUGGACUUUCGCACCAUGGGCGACGUACUCUGGGAGCAUAAACUCGGCGACCACCACCCGAUCUCCGAGAUUCUAGAGCGCUAUAACGACGAUCUGGUCUACGUACGCGAAGAAAACGAGUUGCAAAACUCAGACGCCCCGGUGCUCGAGUCCCGGUCCAUCGUCCAGCGCAUCCAGCAAGCCCAGCGUGUGGUCAUGCUAUGGCGCUCGAUACUAGAAGACCGCCUGUACCCCCAUGCCCCGAACCGACUCGUCGCCAAUCGCAUGGGCUGGGUCGUUAUCCACCCGCGCAGCCAAAACGAGUGCAUUUUACAGACCGUCGUGGUCAUGUCGACGCCGAUCGCGUCGAGUCUCAUGGUGCAGCCGGCCGUCGGUACGCUGACCGAACUCGUGCUCCACACGUCCGAGGCGAACCGCCGCAAGUUUGGCGUCGGCUUGCACAACGCUGUUGCCGCGCGCGUCGCCGCCUUACAAGACACUGUGCCGCCGUGUUUGGAGCAUCCUGCCACCAAGCGUCGGCGACGAUAACGCGAUAUUCCUA